AUGAUUUUUUCAGUUAAUAUUGCCCUAAACAAACCAGCCCACCUGCAGCACCCGCUGAACCCAAAUAACACCACACACAAUGCGCAUAAUGCUGUAGAUGGGCGCAAAUCUGACCUUACAUGGGAAGGGGGUCAAUGUUCUACAUCGGCUGGCAGAGAAACCGCAACCUGGUGGGUGAAUCUGACAGACAUUCGCAGCAUCCAUCAUAUCAACAUCUACUAUAUGGUGGGGGAAAGACCUUGGGGUGCAUCCAAUCUCUUCACACCGUCCUUUUUGGGACUCUCAGUGUAUGUAUCCAACACAACAGAUAAAUUACAAGGAACUUUGUGUUUCAAGGACAGAAUUUUUACAUUAGACACCAUACCUGCUAACCUCACCAUCACGUGUCCUAUACAUGGACAAUAUGUCAUAUACUACAACGAAAGACUGUCCAGUGUUACCUACCCGGAGGGUUAUUCUCCCUUUGCUCAGAGUGAUCUUUGUGAAGUCGAGGUGUAUGGAUGUCUUUCAACUGAAUACUAUGGAACUAAUUGUUCAAUACCCUGCCCAGAUGUCAACUGUGAUUAUUGUCACAUAGAUACGGGCACCUGCCAGGGCUGUAAACCUGGGUACAAAGGUCAUCACUGUGAAACAGGUUGCUCACAUGGAUUCUUCGGACAAAACUGUGACAAUAAAUGUAAUAGCACAUGUACAGGCUGUAAUAGUGUCAAUGGCAGUUGUGAUUCGGGAUGUAUCCCAGGAUGGACGGGAUAUUAUUGCAAUGAAAGAGAUGUCAUACCAGUUUGUAGAAAAGGAUCAUAUGGAAUAAAUUGCAAUGAAACAUGUGGCCACUGUCGAGACAUAGACCAGUGCUUUCACAUUAAUGGCACUUGCUUAACUGGAUGUGAAUCUGGUUUUCAGGGAGACUUCUGUAAAACACGUGCGUAUAUGUUCAGAUAA